AUCUAAUCAGUUUCCCAUAUCUUACCUAUCAUUAUCAUAUUCAUCGGUUAUUUUCAUGUGAUCCAAUUCCCAUCCUUUUUUUAAUCGACGUCAGAGCCUUAAGGACCAAUCACAUACCUACCUAAUACCAUUUUUUUUGCCAACACGCUAACAACCCAUAAUCUAACUAACUAACUAUUGUUAUCGUGUCUCUCACCAAACCAAGCGGGAUAUAAAACAAACAAACAAUCAACCCACCACGCGCAAUGGCAGCAGUAGCAGAAGCAGGCGGUAGGAAUAGCGGCGGCAAUAGCACUUCGCAGGCAACGGCGUCCCCGCCGCUGCCGGCGCGACACACGGCGCUGACGCCGGGCCCGCGCGCGUCGCGCUUCCAGGAGGUCCUCGACUCGAGCCUGUCGCAUACCCUGGCCAAGAUCAGCUGGGACAACUUCGCCGCCUGCUACCCGACCAUCGCCGCGCAGGCGCCCGCCGUGCUGCGCGCCGUCCAGAAGCAGAUGGUGGACCGGUUGGGGGCGCUGUGUCAGAAAGAAUUCGAUUCUGUGCUGCAGAGCCGCAACGUGGUGGCCAAGCUUAACGAGCUCGAAAGCCUGGUGAGCGAGGCCGAGCGCAGAAGGGACGAAGCCGGCGUUGGAUCGGAAGCGCCUAUUCCACCGCAUAUGCUCCCCCCUGACCAGAUCUUGGCAGCGCAUCUAGCGCCGCAUCUCGCGCAGCAGCAGUCGCAACUCAACGCGAAGCUGCAAACGGUACAGGCGCACAACGCGAAGCUGUUCAGCGACAUCCAGAAGCAGCGCGCGGAGAUGCAGUCGCUCAUGGCGCUUCUGCAGAAGGUCUUCGAGGACAUCGACGGUGCUAACAGCCAGAUGGACGAUGUCGUAGAUGACCUUGCCAAGGAGACGAGGACGGUCGAAGCUGAGAUGGCUGAGCUGUGAGAAAGGACUGCUAUUUCUUUCCAAGUAUGGGUGAGUUCUGGAGGACGGGAAGGUGAUGGAUGCAUUGGGUGGUCUGGCGUUCCGGUGUACAUGGAAGGCGACUGGAGUCGAGCUGACCAGCAGUUUUGAGUUUCUGAUGUAUUGGGUAGGUACCUAGCAGCUAAGCUUUCUUUUAUGUACAUAAGAUAGCAUUAUUCAAUCAAUCACAAGAAUCAAGUCUAUCGCGCUUUUAUAUUCA